GGCCUCGCCAGAGCUCGCGGAGCCACGGGUCCUUACCGUGGGCUACGUGGAAGAUCAGCAGUUCGUGCGCUUCGACAGCGCCAGCCGGAGUCCGAGGGUGGAGCCGCGGGCGGCGUGAAUGGAGCGGAUGGACCAGGAGGACCUGGACUACUGGGAGCGGGAGACGCGGCGGCAUAAGGGGAACGCACAGGUUUACCGAGCAAGCCUGCAGAACCUCCGCGGCUACUUCAACCAGAGCGAGGGGGGGGUCCACACCAUCCAGGCCAUGUUCGGCUGCGAGGUCUCCCCCGAGCUCAUCUUCAAGCGCGGGUUUUGCCAAGACGCCUACGACGGACGCGACUACCUCGCCCUGGACACGGAGACCUACACGUGGACAGCGGCGGUGCCGCAGGCUGUGAACUCCAAGCGCAAGUGGGAGACGGACAGGAGCAUAGGGGAGAGACUGAAGACCUUUCUGGAGGAGGAGUGCGUGCUGUGGCUGAAGAAGUACCUGGAGAUGGGGAAGGAGACUCUGAAGAGUGCAGACCCGCCCGCAGUCCGAGUGACCCGCCGCGCUGGCCCCCACGGGGAGGUGACCCUGCGGUGCCGGGCCCAGGAGUUCUACCCUGCGGACAUCUCCCUGACUUGGCUGAGGGAUGGGGAGGAACAGUUGCAGGACACGGAGUUCAUUGAGACCAGGCCUGCAGGAGACGGGACCUUCCAGAAGUGGACAGGUGUGGAUGUGACCUCGGGCCAGGAAGGAAAAUACACCUGCCGAAUUCAGCACGAGGGACUGCCUGAGCCCCUCACCCUGAAGUGGGAGCCAGAGUCCUCAUCUACCCCAGUCAUUGUGGGGGGCAUUGCAGUGGUCUUCAUCAUUGCAGUCAUUGCUGGAGUUGCGAUCUGGAGGAAGAAGACUUCAGGUGGAAAAGGAGGGGACUAUGUUCCUGCUGCAGGCAAUGACAGUGCACAGGGGUCAGAUAUCUCCCUUGCAGCCUGA